CCAUUUGGUUUGGUAUCACCAUACCGAAUUUAAAAAAGCAAAGCCACUGCAGAUCAUUUUAAUAUGCUAGAAUGUUCCACUUCCGGGCCGCCCUCUCUCUACUGGCGUUGGCUCCAUCAGUGUAGAGGUGUGUUUUUGAACGACACACGAGAAACGUUUCUCUUUUCACUUCAUUUUUUCCACAUUGAGUACUACCAGAAACAGAGAUUCCACUCAGUAUUGGGUCACGAGCGAGCGCACGCUAGCAAAGAAAAUAAUGUCCGGUUAAAGAUGGGAGGCAGUGGCUCCAAAGGUAAAGGUUACUGGCCCUUCUCUGGCUCCAGCGGCGGGGAUGAAGCUGCAAAAGAGGGCGGUGAGCAGGCGCUGGGGACGCUCCGGAGCUUUCGAAACGCGACGCCCUUCGUGUUUACACGGAGGAGCUCCAUGUUCUUCGACGAGGAUGGCGACCUGGCUCAUGAGUUUUAUGAGGAGACAGUGGUGACAAAGAAUGGCAGAAAAAAAACCAAACUGAAGAGAAUCCAGAAGAACCUCAUACCUCAGGGAAUCAUACAUUUGGAUCACCCCUGCCUUCAUGUAGAUUUUCCCGUUAUCAUAUGUGAGGUUUGAUGAAGGUGAACAGACACCCAUGGCACUGUGAAGAUGAUUCCUCCUUCUUUCAGCCACACCUUCACUAAGUCCUGAAGAUGUGCUCUGCGUAGUGCCCCCCAUGAGGCUACUCCAGCUCACUGCAUGCCUGUGGACUCAUAGGCAGCAUGCUUGAUGGGGCUAGAUUGUGACUGUGCGUGAUCUGGGAAAGACGACAUUCCUUUUCUGCUGUGUCUGCACAAUGCUGAGGUGUGUGUGUGUGUGUGUGUGUGAGCGAGCGAGAAAGAGGGAGAACAUGAAGUAUGAUGUGUGUGUGUGUGUGUUGAGCAUUCAUGUUGGGUGAUGGGUGAUGUGUGUGCUUUAGUGCCUCGUCCUCUUAUGUUCUAUCGGUAUGUUUUAUAGGUUUAGAACAUUAAGGUUUGCCCCCAUUCUGAAUGUAAGGACAAUCCCCCUGAACUUGGUUGUUCUAGAACUGACACUGUUCUGUCAUUGGGCUACUCUAGAAUGUUUAAAAACGUUCUAGAAUCAUAUAUUAUCUUUUAGAAGCAUGUUGAAACUAUAGGAGAGGCAUUUCCUCUAGUAGCAAGAACUUAGAAUUCACACACAGCUUAAAACUGAAGGCCAGGCUGCAGAAUGUUUGGACAAAUUUCUAAAAUAAUAAUAAAAAUAUAGAGAUUGGUUUCCCUUGUUUCCACUGCGCAUGUUCUUGUGAUGCUGAGAAGUUUCUUACCAGCCUGGAGGAGAUGGCUGUGUACAUCAGUGGAUGUGUACCCUGCUGUAAUUGGAUGUUUUCUUUUGGAGUAAUAUUAGUAAUGCUCUGUGAAUGGGCAAUGGAAGAGAGUACUCACUCACUGUGACCCGCUGUCUUUGUAUUCGCUGCUGUGGCGAGUUUCACUGUUAAUUUAUUGUAAAAGGUAAAGCAGAUUUUAAAAUAAAUAAUACCUGUAAAUGUACAUCA